ACCUGCUUUUGAUACUUCAGGUUCUGUGUCAGGUACAGAACAAACGCUUCGACAUUAACCACCACCACGGCUGUCCCUGCAGGGUUGCUGUUGGACUUUCAAAAGAAAUAGCACACUUUUGCCUUCCCUGUGUGCGAGCAAGGUCAUGUGCAGACACCAAACCGAAGGCCAUGGACACCUCCUGGAGAUUAUAACACAGUAAUGUUGUGUUCACAUUUUCCCCAAACACUGAUUACGGCUCAUUCUAGCAGUAACAAUCCCAGCCGAGGAGAGAGCGAGAGAGAGAGCGAGAUUCACACAAAUCUCAGAAGAUACUGUUGCUUUCUCUGAUGAAGGUAAAGCUUUUGGUAGGGCACUGAGAAGAGGCUGAGCUUAACUUGAGUCCCUUUGCUGCUAUUCAAAAGUUAGACAAACAUCUUUGUUUAAAGGGUAAGUCAGGUACUUUGCUUGUUUAAACCUGCGGUCGAGCCUCGAUAUCCAGCGACAGAGGAAAGGAACCACCCCUGGAUAGGGUCUUGGUCAUCAUUCUCCGUCCGUCCGUUGCCCCGGAGCUGUCGUUUUAAGGGUGGGGGUGGGAGGUAGUGUGGGGCUGCAGCCAUGUUGCGUAGGCUGGUCUGGUUGAUGAUGGUCCUGGGGACCGGCGGCAUGGCUAGGGCCUGUCCGGACGAAGACAUGCCCAGGGAGCUGGUCCUGGCUCUGUUCAAGGACUGGGUGCUGGGGCGGAUGGGGCUGGAGGCCCCGCCAGUGGCCCCUGCGUUACCCCCGGGCUGGAAGGGACCCAGGCGGCGGCCAGGGAGGUCUAGCAGCGCGGCGGUGGCUGAGGAAGACCACAAGCAGGACCUGGAUGUCUCCCAAGUCAUUGUGUUCCCCAGCUCCGACUCGCCGUGCGGCAGAACUGAGGUGAGGGAUGCUGAAACGGCCACCUUCCACUCGUAUCAUUUCCAACCGUCCGUCAACCCCCAGGAGCUCUUGAUCACUUCGGCUCACUUCUGGUUCUAUGCCGGACCGGAGUCCAACUCCUCCAGCCCGCUCUACAUUCUGAACUCAGGGCAACACCCAGACCACUUGGCCGCCGUUGCUCUUGCAUUGACCAGCUCGGACGGCUGGGCCACGUAUGAUCUGGACGAUCACCACCGGCCAGCCAAGGUUUACUCUGGGCCGCUUACGCUGGAGGUGCGCUGUACCAACCGCCUACCCCUCAUCGAAGACCCGGAUAAAACUCCUUUCCUUCAUCUCCGUGCUCGCCGGCGGGUUUCCGGUCGUUGGCCACGCCACGCGAUCCCGUGGUCCCAGUCCGCCGCGGACCUGUUGCAGCGGCCCUCUCAGCAGCAGCCGGAGUCUCGAGACUGUUGGCGGGACGCAGUGGAAAUCAGCUUUGAUGAACUGGGCUGGGGAAACUGGAUCGUCCACCCCAAGGUAGUGACUUUCAGCUAUUGCCACGGUAACUGCUCCGCCCCCGACCGUGGCACCGCCCUGCUGGGGAUCAAGCAGUGCUGCGCCCCAGUCCCGGAGUCCAUGAGGUCCUUGAGGAUCACGACCACUUCGGACGGCGGGUACUCGUUCAUGUACGAGACUCUGCCCAACAUCAUACCUGAAGAGUGCAGCUGUUUCUAAACAGA